CUCCACAUUUCACCGAACCUCUUGUGCAAGUCGAUCGGCCACGCUCUCCACGUUUUUCAUUUCUUUCGCUCAAUUAACCGGCCGGAAUGUCCAGAAAGAGGAUCCCGUGGUGCCCGCUCACCCACCGCUGAAGAGAAAAAGAUUGGAGAAGGUGGAUUACUCAAUGACAGAAUCGCCGCCGGCACGGAGACGGCAUUGAAUGCGUUCAUAUCGUCGACGAUCCAACAGAAAUGCCAAAUGGCUAAAAUCUACAGGUUUUAUAGAUAUACACACCAUCUUUCGCCUCUUCCUCAUCCUCGUCCUCAUACACAGCCUUGACCCAAUCUACGAUACCACAUACUCGAUCUUGAUCUUCAGGAAAAAUGACAACAAACGGCACAAAGACCCCGCUCCGCAUCGUCGUGGGUAGCGACAACGCCGGCCACGCCUACAAGAGCGCCCUGAAAGAGACGCUGAAGAAGCACUCGGGCGUCACACAAGUAUUGGACGUCGGUGUCGUGGAAGCCGACGAUGUCACUGCAUACCCUCACCUGGCCGUCGAUGCCUGCAAGAAGAUUAAAUCCGGAGAGGCCGACCGCGCCCUCCUGAUCUGCGGCACGGGCCUAGGCGUCGCCAUCUCCGCGAACAAAGUCGAAGGCAUCCGCGCCGUGACAGCCCACGACCCAUACAGCGUCGAGCGCAGCGUGCUCUCGAACAACGCCCAAGUCCUCUGUUUCGGCCAGCGCGUCAUCGGUCUCGAACUCGCGAAGAAACUUGUGGAUGAGUGGGUUGAGCUCCGGUUCGACGAGAACAGCUCUUCUGCGGAGAAAGUCGCACACAUAAGCAAAUAUGAGGAGCAGUUUGGUGAACUAUAAAAAGGGGAAUGCGCGAAGGGGGUACUGAGACAAGAGAGAGAACCUCCUUUGGGCAUGUUGGGAUGAUAUUGCCGGUAUGAGCACUUUGAGGAGCGACAUGUAUGGUGAGGUAUGAUCGAGUCAAUUUACCCUUCAAUCGUUGGAGAGUGGAGGGCUUGAGCUUCGUCAGAUAGGGUGGUUCAAACAUGUUUUUGAUGAACAUAGGGACAUCCUCGGAAAAUAUUGCAUAUAUCUAAACAUUCUGUAUCGCGGAGACCGCUGGGAGUUUGGCAGCGAGCAUCGUAUCAAAGCAAGAAUGUGGUAAUAUUGCGACACCAUCUCAAGCCACGAAAAGAUCCUAGUGGCAGAUGCAUAUCAGUCCGCCGAAUUAGACAUACUCUCAUCAAGUCAUAACUCAUCCCUCCUCAGACAG